ACCCCUUUGUUUUGCAACAUGUUUACCAUGGGGCUUAUGAUGAUACCACAUGUGCUUGCUGGUCGGAUGAUUCCAGAGUAUUUGCAGUCGGUUCACUGGAUAUGUCUGCACGUAUCUACUCUGCUCAACAAUUGGACAAACUUGUUAUGUUUGCUGUUGGUGGUCACAAAGAUGCUGUUGUUGGUGUGUUUUUUGAAAAUAAUUCUUUGGAUAUGUAUACAUGUAGUCGAGAUGGAGCAGUAAUUGCUUGGGAAUGCAAUUUUGAUUUAGAAGAUAUCCAGUCAGAGCAAGUUGAUGCCAGUGAAAAGGUACACUAUGCCAAAUCAGCUAGGUAUGUAUAAUAUUAUUAUAUGGGAAUAUAAUGGGCACAUGAUGAAAGAGGAAGUAUUGAAACCAUCUA